AUGCAUAAAAUAGAGCAGCUCACAAAAACGCUCAGCGAUGAAGACAAAAGACACAUCACAGACCUGAUUGAAACGGGGCAAACGGAGCUGCUGAACCAUGAAGGAAUAAACGAGAGAAACAUCCUAGACAUAAUUCAACAGAUCAAAGAAUUCGAACUGGUGUACCCAGAUGGGCUGCGCACCUACGUGGAGAGAGCUAAAACUUUGAUGAAAAAAUCGGAAAAGAAAAUGCACAAUUUUGCACACUGUGUGAUAGAAAGACCAGAUAAUUUAAUAAAAAUAAAAUUCCCCUGGGGUGAUAUGAUGCACCAAUUGGGGGGAGGUACCAGGGAGGAGAAGAUAAUAUAUGAACCGGAUGGGCAGUGCGAUGUUCACUGCGAUGUGCAGCCCGAUGGAAAGGAGGACCCUUUUAAUGUGUCGACAAGCACGUCGAACCAGAGCAGUGUGGAGUUCUACGCGAAUGGCACUUUUGUCCAUAACGGCAACUUCGUCUCCCCGGAGGAGGGUGAGACCACUCCACUGUCCCAAAGGACGCUAUCCCCCAGGGAGUUAUCCACCACAGGGUUAUCCACCACAGGGUUAUCCACCACAGGGUUAUCCACCACAGGGUUAUCCACUACAGGGUUAUCCACUACAGGGAUUUCCACCACGCCACUCUCCUCUACUUCAUCCCAUGGCGAAAGUUACGACGCGAAUUUGUACAGAAGUAGUUACCUCUCCUUAAGUGAUGAGCCAAAAGGGAGGGAACAAAAUAAAACAAACACAGAGAAGGAGGUAACCCAAGCCAGUGGAAUUAUCGCAAAAAUCGACCAGUACCUACACUAUGAGCAGAUAGGACUGAGCCAAAUAGACAAAGUAUGCUUCGUGUUGCUAGCGGGCGGGUUGGGCGAACGAUUAAAUCACAGCGACAUCAAAUUGAAGCUACUAACAAAUUUAGUCUCAGAAAAAACGUACCUUGAAUACUACUGUAAUUAUUUGAAAGUUUUCCAAGAGUAUAUAAAAAGGAAAAAAAACAAAGAGGUGGAUAUCCCCUUCAUUAUUAUGCUAUCCGAUGAUACCUACGAACAGACAGUCACCUUCUUACGGAGGAACAAUUUUUUCAACCUUAAAGAGAACCAAAUGUAUUUUUUAAAGCAGAAGAAGGUAUUAUGCUUUAAGGACAGCGAAGCGCAUAUCGAUUUUGUUUUUCAAAAUGGCUCCUUUAUCCUUUCCAGGAAACCACAUGGUCAUGGGGACAUCCAUUCUCUCAUUCGAAAUAACGUUCCUUUGGACGCUCUGAUAGAGGCAGGGUACAGAUACUUGUAUUUUUUCCAAGACACGAACGCAUUAUCCAUGAAGGUGUUGUUUGUAUGUUUGGGGGUGUCCAUAGAGAAGGAGCUUCAUAUGAACUUCCUAGCCAUUUCGAGGAAUCCAGGGGAAGAAAUCGGAGCCAUUUGCAACCUAAUCAACACGGAUGGUUGUAAAAGAGUUGUAAACAUUGAAUAUAAUUUUUUAGAGUCUAUCCUGACUGGUUCGGGGGGACAGGAGUUGGUGGAUGAGGAUGGGUUUUCCUUCUUUCCUGGCAAUACUAGUUCUAUUCUCUUCGAAAUGAGGACAUACAAUGAGUUGCUAAAAAGAACUAAUGGAGUCGUUCCGGAAUAUGUUAAUCCGAAGUAUGCUGACCAUGAGAGGAAGCAUUUUGUUCGGGCUGCCAGAGUGGAAAGCAUGAUGCAGGACUUCGCCUUUCUGUACUGCUGUGUGGGGGAGGAAGGACCAGGUGACGUGUCACACGAUGUUACUGUGAACAGCAUGGAAAGCUAUGUAUGCAAACGGGGGAGAGUUGGAGCGACCCAGUUGGAUAGGUGUCUUUGCUUCUCUCCGGUGAAGAAUGACCCAGCCAAGGCGAAGAGGAAAGUGCAAAGCGGCAUACACCCAGAAUGCAUGUUCAGCGCAGAAGCAGACCUCUACUACAGCAACUGCGCCUUUUUACAGCUAGCCUGUCUAUACAAUCGAAAGCUGUUCCAGUUAGACGAAUUGGAAGUGAAGACGUUUAACGGGGUUCGCUAUUUCCUUCCCCCCAAGGUUUUAUUAGAACCGCAAUUUGCCUUUACCCUAACCGAUCUGGUAAAAAAAGUCACAGGAAAUAUAUCCAUUAGGCGGAACUCCACCUUAUGGGUGAAGUCAGAUGCACUCAUUCGAAAUUUACAUCUGGACGGGGCACUCAUCAUUGGAGGGGGUAAUUCUGAAGAUGGUGUUUCCCUCCCUGUCGUGUUGGAAGAGAACCUGUGUGUGCGGAACAGGGGGGAUGAGCUGAUUGCCCUUUCGGACAGUGGGGAAGAGAACUCCGAGCAGCUCCAAAUUAGGGGGUAUAAAUUAGUAAAAAGGGAGGUCCUAAUGAUAAACAGCUAG